GUCUUCUACACUUUCUUGCAAUCAUUGUUACUAGGCUUUAUCUGUGAAUGUGAAACGUGCCUAAGUGUUUUCAAUGGUUUUACCAGGAUCCAACUGUCAUUAAAAAAGAAAUUAUUGUCAGGCAGGACAAAAUAAACAGAACUUUUAUUAUACCUUCAACAUCUGCUGAUAGUUCAUCUUUUUCUUUUAUCCUGUGAAAUACAGGUCCCCCUCAAUUCAAUUUACUUCCUAAAAAUUAAUGUCACAAAGCCAGGCUUUGAUUAGAAACGGGAACAACCCAUUCUCAUAACUUCACUUUUGGUUUACAGUAAGUUAUUUCGUGUUUUAAGCAUUGCAGCAGACAUAACAGCUGCCAUGGCUUUUCAUUUGUGUGUGAAACAUGCUGGACAUUCUAUUAAAGCUAUUUGAUAGCAUCAGGCAAAAUGUAUAAAGCUUUCUCAGGCCAAACAUGCGCAAUAUGCACUGACAUAUUGUCUCAAAAUACAAUUUGAAACUGACAGAAGAACGGAUGAAACUUUAACCACAACUUCACGCUUAAAUAGUCCUUCAGCAACUGGCCAUAUGCAGAGCUUAGCUGUGCUCUUAGAACAGCAGCGAAGUCAGCUGUGAUCUCUCCGCUGAACAUUUCACACUCUUUAGCAGCUUUCAGGAUACUGAGUAUGUUCAUUUUCAUGCAAGCCCUCAGACCCAGGCCCAGUGAAGGCUGCAUCAUUAAUAUUAUGAGUCUGUGAUUGGCCAGUGCUCAGGUGACACAAUGCAACCCGGAUAUAUCUUUAGAGUCAUAUGCCCUUCUGACCAGCAGCCCACAAUCAGGAACUAUCAGCACACACAGAUAUAAAAAAGAAGUCAAUGGUCUUUCCCCAACAGUGAGAGUGUAUUCAUAGUACAUACAUUGUCACAGAUGGUUUGUUAAACACACAACGGGCACCCCAGUGAAUGCUUUGUUUUGGGGCUAAGUAGGAGCAGUAACACUGGUGUAAAGAGAGGACAUUUCCUUCGUUAUGCAAUGGCUUCGGUGAAGUUUUGAAAGAGAGCUGGCAAGUCUUCCCUGAAGAAAGGAGCAUCUGGCUGAGAUCUGUUCAUGCAACACAGCAGCAGGAUGGAGAGGUUCCUUAUCUCACCUCCAUCAGAUGAAAUGAUAGCUUACGAUCCAGACAUGUAUCGAAUGCCAAUGGAGUAUCCUCCAUAUCUCAGCAGUGACGGAGAAAGUCACGGAGAUCACGGAUGGGAUUACUACAACCAUGCCAUUCACACUGCAGACUUUGAGAACCUUCAGGAAAGCCACUUCACAGAGCUCCAGAAUGUCCCUGCCCUUCACCUCACUGGCCUCCAUCGGAUUGGGGACUUGGAGCCUCUGCAUCCCCUGGACUCAGGGAUUAAUGGGCAUCACCUGACCAUGCCUCCGCAGAUCCCAUACUUGCCCCACCCUCUUUGUUUUCCCAACCCCUCCUCUGCAGAGCGCAGCUCUGACGAGGAAGAGCAUGGGACACGAAGCCCCCCCCUUGAGGUGUCCGAAGGAGAGGAGGACUUCGGGGAUCACCACCCCUGUCCCUCUGCCAUGGAGGCUGGAAACAAGAAGAAGAUACGCUUGUACCAAUUCCUGCUAGACCUUCUCCGGAAUGGAGACAUGAAGGACAGCAUCUGGUGGGUGGACAAGGACAAAGGCACCUUUCAGUUCUCCUCUAAGCACAAAGAGGCCCUGGCCAACCGUUGGGGCAUGCAGAAAGGGAACCGCAAGACGAUGACCUACCAGAAGAUGGCCCGGGCACUGCGGAACUACGGAAAGACGGGGGAGGUGAAGAAGGUGAAGAAGAAGCUAACGUACCAGUUCAGUGGAGAGGUGAUGGGGAGAAGUGUUGGGCCUGCAGAGAGGAAGGUGUACCCAUUAUCAUAGUGUUGCAAAAAGUGAUAAAUCACUAGAAAAAAACACAGCUGGAGGAAAUCAUUUUUAAACAACUGUUCCUAUGGGAUGAAAAGACUUGGUGUGCCACACAUAGUGGAAUGUUCUAUUCUGCUGUUGUUUGGUAGAAGAAUAACAGUUCUGGCCUUGUUGUAUAUGUUAUGAUGAGUAGCAUUAAUAUGUUUCAUGUUGCGUAAUGUCUUUCAUGGAGCUUGCAGUUCUUGUGAGAGUCUAAUGCAAAGGCACAAGUCACACAAUGUGCUAUUGUUCUCAUAAAAGAGAAGUGAAAAUACAUGAACUAGCAAUGCAAAGUUUUGGGGGGAAAAACUUCUUGGCCAUUCAAGGCUAAUACUGUACUUUUAUUACUGGGUGUUUAAUUUUAACUUUGAGGUCAUUUAGUCAGAUAAGCAAUAUUUAUUGA